AUGCCGUUCCACCACCCCGGAACCUAUGUCCACCACCACGCCGGCCUAACCAAUGUCCCCUGGGUGCUCACAACACAUCUACUCUCCAUCAACUACGAACAGCUGCUACGCGCAACAAGGCAUCCCUUUCUCUCACGCGCCGCCAAUGGCACACUUCCAAAAUCCCUAGUCGCUUCAUGGCUCGCGAAUGAUCUGAUGUAUUUGGAGGGCUACACGAAACUUAAUAGCGAUCUCCUCAAUCAAGUCCGGCUCAAGACCCAAGCAAGUGUAGAGUCAGACAUCGAAACGCGAUUAUUGGCCUGGCUGGAAGCUGGGGUACAGAAUGGAAAGAGGGAAAUCAAUCUCUUCCACGAAGUCGCUGAGAUAUACCAAAUCGACGUGUCCACCUCUGCGUUGCCUGAACAUCUCAAAUUAGAAGGUCUGCGCAGGUACGAAGUAUUGUUCGCAAACGCUGCAGCACAGCAGCCAAAUGCGUUCAUACCGUGGUUGGAAGGGGUGACUUUGCUAUGGGCGACGGAGAAAGUGUAUUACGAGGCUUGGAGGUGGGCGAGACGACAAGACGCUCAGUCUUCACCACGGACAUUCGAGAACGACGAAGAUGGUGGCGCGAUGCGGAGGGAGUUCAUUCCCAACUGGUCGAACCGUGACUUCCUCGUCUUUAUCGAGCAACUUGAGCGCAUUCUGAAUGAAGGGGUUAGUCAGGCGGUAAAUAAGGAUGAAGCGAGAUGGGCGGAGGUCAAGGCACGGACGCAAGCAAUCUGGACGACUGUGUUGGAUGCUGAAGUGGCAUUUUGGCCGGAUGUCCCAGAAACUACAAGUCAGCCAAAGGCAACGGGUGACGGAGUGAAGGGAGAGGUUCAGAAUGGGCAUAUCCUGGCGUAG